AUGUGGCCCGAGGUCAGUUUUUUUUUUCAGACUUGAGAAGAGCAUCUACAACUAACACUAGUCAGAAGGUAUUAUAAUCGUUUAA